GACUCCAAAAUGCGGGAGGUGUGCGCCGGCUGCGACACCCCCAUCUCCGACCGGUUCCUCUUGCGAGUCAACGAGCGUUCCUGGCACGAAGGCUGCGUGAAAUGUGCCGUCUGCCUGCAGCCGCUCUCUGGGACCUGCUACUGUCGCAACCGGCAGCUCUACUGCAAACACGACUAUGAGAAGCUGUUCCAGACCAAGUGCAGCAGCUGCUUGAAGGCGAUCGCCCCCUCCGAGCUCAUCAUGCGGGUGCUGGAGAACGUCUACCACGUUCACUGCUUCUACUGCUGCGAGUGCGAGCGGCGCCUGCAGCGGGGAGACGAGUUUGUGCUCAAAGAAGGACAGCUGCUGUGCCGCAGUGACUAUGAGAAGGAGAAGGAGAUGCUGAGCGCUAUCAGCCCGGCACCCACCGAGUCCGUGAAAAGCGAGGACGAAGACGGCAGCCACUCGCACAGCAAAGGCAGCGAGGAGAGCAAAGACCACAAGCGCUCCAAGCGCCCGCGCACCAUCCUUACCACGCAGCAGCGACGGGCGUUCAAGGCUUCGUUUGAGGUUUCCUCAAAGCCUUGCAGAAAGGUGAGAGAGACCCUGGCAGCUGAGACGGGCUUGACUGUGCGGGUGGUACAGGUCUGGUUCCAGAACCAAAGAGCCAAGAUGAAGAAGAUUGCUCGCAGGCAACAACAACAGCAGCAGCAACAGCAGGAGCAAGACCAGUUGGGCAACCCUCGCUUAGGGACCGGGAGAGGGACCGGUCGCAACAGCAGGCAGAGCAACGAUGAUAGCGAAGACGGCGCGAGUGUUCACGGCCUGGAUGGGCUCAUGGUCCCCUACCCCAGGAUCCCCCAGCAGCAGCUGCUGCCCUUGGAUCAGAACGGCUACAGCACAGAUUUGUACAGACAAGGGCUGACGCCGCCCCAGCUGCCAGGAGACCAUCUGCACCCCUACGACUCAGAAGGAGUUUUUCACGAUAUGGACAGUGACAGCAUCAGCCACCUGGGAGACUGCCUGCUGUCAACGGCCGAAGCCAACCUCCUCCAAGCCCGCGUGGGCAACCCCAUUGACCGACUCUACUCCAUGCAGAGCUCCUACUUCACGUCCUGACCAUAGAAAAGCUCCCAACUCUUCACGAGUAUCUCGGAUGGAUGCUGCUUCAAAUUCAGAACGGGGGUGAGGGAGAAGAAACAAGACUGAGACCUUCAGAGACAUUCCUUGAGCACUGCACAACGGAGGAGGCAACUCGGUCCGCCACACAUAUAAGCACUAAUUCAUGGAGACCUUUCACAGCCUGAAGGACUUUCGAUCGCCUCUCUCCUUUUUUCUAGCCACGAGUAGAUCGAUGGUAUGAUGUUGUUUAGCUGUAACUUUAGCAGUUUGUCCAGUGUUUAAGCUUUUGAGCAUUAUGUCCUGCAAACAAAGACUGGCCGAGCUAACCAGAGCUGUCCCUAGAAGUAGGAGAUGCCCUUCCCACAAGAACUCAGUUUAUUUAAGUCUUGGUUGCAGCUGAGCUGCUCGCUGUGCUGUUUUGCCUCAUUUCCCAAUCCAGAUGCAGACUUCAUGGGACAAGAUUAAUUUUCAACAGUAAAAGCCAAGGUCCUGAGGCAUCUCUAAGGGAUGCCACUGCUGCUUCAGAGGUUUUCUGUGUGGUUGUCGAUCAGUUGGCCCAGUUUUUUAACGUUUGACAUUUCAGAAACACACAGCAGUUUGGCCCCUGGUUGAAACGGCUAUGCUCUCUAUCUGCUUCAAGCAAGAACAGAAUAUUGAUCCCCUGGCAUGUUCCCCUGCCAAGUCACUUAAGUUCCAGAGGCUACGUUUGGUUUUCACUUCGAGGGCAAUCCAGGGGUGACAUCAGGACUCGGCCAAAAGAAAAGCAUGUCUCCGCUGUGGAUAGAAGGGAAUAAUCCAUUUUCUCCAUCCAUCAUCAUGCCACGAGGCAGGCGAGUUAGGAGAAGCAGGUGGGCACCAAUGUGUGUACCCACAAAAAGGGCAAGAAAGAGAGAGCAGAGAAUGGAAGUCUGAAUUAUUACCAAAGGGAAAUUCUUUAUUCUCCUGCCUAGGACCCAAGUCUGGGAUUUUGUUCUUUAUAUACGUGAAGGAUAGCCGGUAUUCCUGGAAAGGUCAGGUUUUCCCAUGAGCCUGCUUACAGCAUGCCAGCUGAAGGAAUACAGUCCUCCAGAACUAACCUUCCCUUGUCUAUUUGAACUGAACAACUGACAGACAACUCCAAAAGGAAAUAAUGACUUAUUUUUAAAUCUUGCAUCUCCAGAGUUGUGAGUCUAGCAGUGCAACCCGAGAACCUGGCUGACUGAUGUUUCUGUAUGUGGUGUUUUACUUCUAAGCCUCCACAGGCUUGUCAGUCUGAUUUUAAAGGUGUGUAGCCUCUCAAAUGAGGGGAAAAAAAAAAAAAAGAAAAAGAAAAAAACCCCAAAGAAAUGGCUAAUUUUUGUUGUCUGCAGUUAUGGAGGAAGAUUCCCAGGAACUAAAAAAUCCUG